UCCACUCUGUUAGCCCUGACCCAUGCCCGACUGUGGCACUAGGGGUGCUGUGCUGCAGGGCCCAUGGCACAGGGCUCAGCAGGGGGCGCUCUCCCUGCAGACUCAGUGCUGGCCCCAGUGUCCCAGGGUGCUGCUAAAGGGUGCUGUAGCUGCUGGGAGCGGAGUGGGUUUCCCAGUAGGGGGCGCUCUCCCCUGGGAGUCAGCCCUGCCCCAAUAACCCAGCCGGGUGGUAGGUGCAGCUGCAGGUUACAUCUUUUGGAGAAGAGAAGACAAGGUUCUGAGCUAAACCGACUGAAAAUAUGAGCAGGAAACAAAAGGAGAGAAGCUGCCACAUUGGGGGUGUGUGAGAGAGUCACCCAGAAACCUGCUGGGAUUUCGCGGGGAGGGGAAGGUAUAUGCGAGACUCUUGCAAAGCAGGCGUCUGUGGUCAGAGAGUGCAAACCAGCCAUGUAGCAGGGCCGCAUGGAAGCCAGGGCAGAGGGCUUGUAUGUGCAGAAGCCUCGGGGUGGGAUCGCCCCCUUGCUGCGCCGUGCCUUUGAGGUCCCUCCCGUGUCUGCAAACCACUUGGGUCAAGCCUGGAUUCCCCCAAGAGCUGCAGAUUCCAGAGUUUCUGCUUCCAAGCCCAGCUGGAACCCAGGAGUCCGAGACAGCAGGAGAUAAAGGAGAAGAAAAGAAAUCAGCCCAACACUUCUUUGUCUAGUUUGAACCAUGGUCUAAGAUUCAAACUUGCUCCCAAACUUGCCGUGAGGCCGUCGGUCCAUAGAGACACCGGACACCCCUGGAGAGGCUGGGGGAUGUGGUGUCCAGGUCUCCGUGGCUGAAGCCUCCUGUCCUGUGUGCAACUGCCCAGUUCUGGUGUCCCCUUGGGGCAGUCGGAAAGCGUCCCAGUGCCCUCGGGUCGGAAGAGCUGCCGUCUCCAUCUCGCCAAGGCACAGCGAUUCUGUCUGGGGGAAAGGCCAUUGCACAAGGAGCCACACCACGGAAUCAGAAGGACCUUGGAGCCCGAGAGCUUUCGUUGUCCUGAGGAACGUUUUGUUUGAUAGAUUCAAAGUGACUGUUGUGAUCACCUAGUCUCACCAGCUACGGAACCUGGGCCAUUGGACAGCCCUGAAUUCAUUCCUGCUAGAACCAGAGCAGAGUGUUUAGAAGAACAUCCCAUCUUGAUAUAAAAGCUGCCAGCGAUGGAGAAGUUGCCAGCGCUUGCCUGCCUGCACCGCCCCAGCAAUGGGAGAGGGAGCUGGAGUCCAUUCUGCCCGGCUACAGCCUCGUGAGCGCCGCACUGCUCAGGUGUGACAGGGGAAAAGAGCUUGUCCAGAUUAGACUAGGUGGAGAUUUGCAGAUCCAGCCAUUUGGAAAUGGCCUUUACCGACAGAUGUGAAGAGCCCAGUGACCUUAUCUGUGAUGGGCAAAAGGACACACACCCAGUGAACAGACAGCAGCGUGGCCUCAGCUGUCUCUUCCUCCCCAUCCUCUCCCUGCUCGGAUGCACUCACGACAGGUCUGUUCUAUCCCACCGCUAGACCACUGUAUCAGAGCGCCUACCCGUCGUGCAUGAGGCACCCUGACUGACAUCUGUCUCGCCCUCCCACCGUCUGCCCCAAUCCACAAAGACACAGCAUACCCAGCUCUGGCGGCUCAUUCUGCAGGCUGGACCCUUCCAACAAUUGCUAGGGGAAUGGACCAAACACUGCACCUGGCACAGGAGCGUUGCAGGUGCUGGGGUGCUGCUGCAGAACAGCGUAACUACAAGCCCUGCAGGCCGCAGGUUGAUGGGGAUGAUACAGAUCUGUGUGUCUGUGCGAGCAUUCGGAGACACAAGUAUGUAUCUCUGGCCAAGCUGAUAGGCCAUCCCUGAGGAAACCAGCCCUCUUCAGGAAAGCACUUAAGCAGGAAAGGACCGUGCUGGAAAAGCCCUUUAAGCCUCCCCUUCUCCCCCCCCAGCACCAGCCGCCCACCUCUGACAAAGUUACAGCUCUGUCUAACCGCUCAGUCCCAGGAUGGGGCCCUCGUCCUCAGUAUUUAGCUAUUUGUUAUUGCACUUGUUUGUUCUCUCCUUACAAGCUCAGGUAACUGUUCAGUCCCCACCUAAUUUUACACAGCAUGUGAGGGAUCAGAGCCUGGUGACGGAUCAGCUCAGCCGACGGCUCGUCCGCACCUACCAGCUGUACAGCCGGACCAGUGGGAAGCAUGUGCAAGUCCUGGACAACAAGAAAAUCAAUGCCAUGGCUGAGGACGGGGACGCGCAUGCCAAGCUCAUCGUGGAGACGGACACCUUCGGGAGCCGCGUGCGUAUCAAAGGGGCCGAGACCGGGUUCUACAUCUGCAUGAACAAGAAGGGAAAGCUGAUUGGCAAGAGCAACGGCAAAGGCAAAGACUGUGUCUUCACGGAGAUCGUCCUGGAGAACAACUACACGGCGCUGCAGAACGCCAAGUACGAGGGCUGGUACAUGGCCUUCACCCGCAAGGGCCGGCCCCGAAAAGGCUCCAAGACGCGGCAGCACCAGCGCGAGGUGCACUUCAUGAAGAGGCUUCCCAAGGGCCACCAGACCACCGAGCCCCACAGGCGCUUUGAAUUCCUCAAUUACCCAUUCAACCGGAGAAGUAAAAGGACUCGAAACUCCAGCCCUCGGCAGGGCCCCUGACUUGCCCCGCCCCCUGCCUCCCAAGCCCCGCCCCCUUCUCUUCUGCGUAGACA